AUGUAUAGCCUUUCAUGGGCUCUUCUCUCCCAUCCCCACAGGGCUCCCAAUCACAGGGGAAUGGCUGCCGAAAAUCACUCUACAGUGACCGAGUUUAUUCUCAGGGGAUUGACAAAUCGGCCAGAGCUCCAGCUCCCCCUCUUCCUCCUCUUCCUUGGGAUCUACUUGGUCACCAUCAUAGGGAACCUGGGCAUGUUCACGCUGAUUUGUCUGAAUGCUCAGCUUCACACCCCCAUGUACUACUUCCUCAGCAAUCUGUCCCUUGUGGAUCUCUGCUACUCCUCUGUCAUUACCCCGAAAAUGCUGGUGAACUUUGUGUCAGAGAAGAACAUCAUCUCCUACGCGGGGUGCAUGUCACAGCUCUACUUCUUCCUUGUGUUUGUCAUUGGUGAGUGUUACAUGCUGACAGUGAUGGCCUAUGACCGCUAUGUCGCCAUCUGCAGCCCGUUGCUCUACAAUGUCAUCAUGUCUCCUCAAGUGUGUUCCCUGCUGGUGUCUGUGGUCUAUGCCACGGGAUUUAUUGGUGCAACAAUAGAGACUGGCCUGAUGUUAAAACUGUCCUACUGUGAGCUCCUCAUCAGCCAUUACUUCUGUGACAUCGUGCCCCUCAUGAAGCUCUCCUGCUCUAGCACCUAUCAUAUUGAGAUGACAGUGUUCUUUUUGGCUGGAUUCAACAUCACAGUCACCAGCUUAACAGUCCUUGUUUCCUACGUCUUCAUCCUCUCCAGCAUCCUCCACAUCAGCACCACACAGGGGAGGUCCAAAGCCUUCAGCACCUGCAGCUCUCACCUUGCAGCUGUGGGAAUGUUCUAUGGAUCUACAGCGUUCAUGUACUUAAAACCCUCCACGGCCAGUUCUGUGGCCAAGGAGAACGUGGCCUCCGUGUUCUACACCACGGUGAUCCCCAUGCUGAACCCCCUGAUCUACAGCUUGAGGAAUAAGGAGGUAAAGGCUGCCGUGCAGAAAACACUGAGGAGAAACUUCUUCAGGUGCAAAUGUCAUCAUUCUUCCUCAGGUUGA